GAGGUUUGUAAACAUCAACAAACAGCACACGUGCGCGCUUAUGUUUCGCCGGUCUUUUUUUGUUCUUUCGAAAAUUAUGUUGCCAUAGUUACUGUUGAAAUUGUUUUAAUUCAGUAAACCUGUUUUUUACCAGUGUAUAACCUAAAAGUGGUUCCAGAACCGCAGAGACAAUGACGGAAAGUGGCCUCAAAUCUCUCGUCGAAUCGUUCUGCACUAACGUGCAAAGCCAGGAACGAAUGGUCCGCCAGCGUGCCCUCAAGGACAUGCUCGAACUGGUCCACAAAGACCUCAGCCCGGAACAGGCCCCGUCCCUGUUCGACGAAACGUACCUCCACAUUCUGCGUUGCUAUGCCGACCGCUUCGAGAUGGUUCGAAACCUGGCCAUCACGCUGGUCUCGGAACUGCUCCAGAAACUCCCCCCGAACGACUUCUACCUAAGCUACAUCAUCCCGGUGGUGACACGCCGCCUAGGCCAACCCGAAACCAUCGAGGACAGCGAAGAAAUCCGUCUCCAACUCCUCGAACAACUGGAAGAAAUCGUACGCAAGUAUGCCGACCCCGAGGGAACCCGCGGCGACCCGCUGCUCAAAUCCUACGACAACCUCGUCGACAUUCUGGCCAAAACGUUGCGCGAUCCGUUCCCAGCCGCGCAGAAACAGAGCUGCGAGCUGGUCCAGCUGCUGGCGCAAUCGACGCCGAGUAUGCACUACCGGGCGGAAGCGCUCGUUGGACCGGCGAGCACUGCGUUGAAGCAUCGACAUUCGGCGAACCGGAUUGCGGCCAUCGAUGCGCUCGGACAGCUGGCGCUGCACAUUCACUCCAACUCGGACUGCGCGAUGCGGAUCAUCGUGGACAUGUCGCCGCUGCUGAUGGAUUCGGUUCCGUUUGUGAGGAGGGCUUGCGGGCGGGUUGGGUGUAUGAUGCUGGUCAAGUUGCGGGAUCGGUACUCGUUGUUUUCGAGGAUUUUGCCGCUGGUUCUGAAUUGCCUCACGGACGAAACGCCCGAAGUGCGCGACGACAUCCUCACGCGCUGGAAGGAGGCCGGCGAGCUGUACUACGCGGAAAACGAAACCGAACUCGCCAAGACGAAGCUGAUCGACAAACCGGCGCCCAACUAUCCGGCCGCCGAGUACGAGCGUCCGACGCUGGCCUGCCGGGCGAUUGUGCAGCGCAGUUUGGCGAUCGUGAAUCUGAUCCUGCACGAAAUGGAAGAGUGGAAGGAGGACAUCCGGUUGCACGCGACGAAGCUGCUCAAGCUGGUGGUUCUGCACGCUGAGAGGGCCUUUUCUACGCUGUUUAUGGAGACGAAUCCGGUGCUGGCCAAAACGUGCAUGGAUUUGGACAGGGAAGUGGCGGUGGAAGCGCUGAGGGUUGCGAGGUUGUGUGGGAUUCUGCUUGAGUACGAUACGUGGAGCAAGCAUGCGUUGGUGGAGUUUAGGAAGUUUCACACGUUGGGCCAUUUGAGGUGUUUGAGGGCGAUGUAUGAAAGCAGUGGGUGGGAUAGGUUGAAAGAUUUGAGUAAGAUUGCUGGCUUGCUGACCGAUUCGGAAAUUUGCCACCAAAAGCGAGAAGACUACCAGACGGCGUUGCUUGAUUUCUGCGAAGUUCUCACGGUUGAUUUCAAUCGCGUAUUUGUGAGCAACGAAAUUGAAGGUCUCGCCAACGAGAAAGAUCGCAUCAAAACUGAAAAUCAGCUCUACACAACCCUACUCAAGGUGGCCACCAUUUCCUACGAAGACUCAAUUCCGAUCCGGGAUCGCGCUCUGGAAAUCCUCACCACCUUGAACUCUCAACCGGAACUGCUUCACAACGCCCACCUCGCCGGCGUCCUCGCCACGCUGGACAAUCUGGAGGCGGCCAACUCGGACGACGCGGAAUCCAUCAUGCUGCUGGCGGGAAUCGUGUUUGUGUGCGGAUUCCGGCCGGCGUAUCACCGCGAGCUCUGUUCCACGUUGACCAUCGCUCUUCGGCAUGCGAUUCCCCAGGGCCAAAUCAAGCUGUUCAGCUCGAUUUCUAUCGCUAUGCUGCGAUGGAGCGACUCCAUGGUGGGCGUCCCCGGGGAGGAACAGUUGCAGCUAAUGCGGGCGUUCGUCGAAGAACUAAUUGCACCGUACCUGGUGUGGGCGGCCGGUCGCAGCGCCGAAAGCAUCCGCGCGAUGGCCACGGCCUGUCUCUGCUCGAUGUCCCAGGGAGUGGAUCGUUUGACCUUCAACGCCGUCCUGCCCAGCCAAAUCAACGCCCUGGUUGGGCUAAUCGAAGACAACGGCAUUUCGACGCGUGCGUACGCCCUGCGAACCCUUCUGGCGAUGGGUCCACUUGGCGUGGAACAUCUGAAGCCUCUGGCGUACGCCAUCAUGGCCCGUUUGGAUGAUCCUAGCGGCGAGGUCCGUGAGCUGGCGGCCACUUGUUUGGGCCGGUUGCAGCUUGCAGCGGAUGGCGGAGACGAAGCUGCCCGGUGGGACGACGUGCUGAGACAGAUUGUGCCAACGAUGUUUUUGCACCUGGAGAAUCCGGAAUUGAAGCUGCGGAAGGCGAUUCUGGCAUCCCUGGAGCAGUUGCUCGUUCAUCACCGGGCACUAAUCAAAGGUCUGGCUAAUGAAGUCGCAGCCGGUUGUCCGUACAAGAAGGACCUGGACGAGAUUCUCGCUCAUCAAUAAAAUACCACCAACUGAAGGCGCAAAAAAAAAAAAAUAAAUCCGUACAAAAAACUGCCACCAUCAACAACCACCCCAAAGGAGAAGAGAAGAUUUUUCCCGCCAAAUACAAAGUGCAUGCUGCUGCUGUUGCCACUGCCAUCAGGAUAAUUGAUUCAAGCUGCACACGAGUUUUAUCGAGCGAAUCUUGGUCUCGCAAAAGGGGAUGUGGCGGCAAAAAGUCGGAAUUUGCUGCCUUUUGCAACACAGCAUCAAAAGAUUAUGUCGGGGAGGAAAAAAAAGGGCCGACGAAAUCAAUCGAACGAAAUUGACGCUAGAUUGAGCUUUUCCGAGAUUUCGGAGCUGCAUCUCGUCGUCGGACCGUAAUUGCAAUUAUGAAUUUUUCUUUUAUCUAACGGAGGGGGGUAAAAAAACGCCCAAACUGGGAUGGGAAGAAGGAGGGGUUUCACACGCUUUUCGCACUGAUGGAUUUCCAUUUUGUCGUGCUUUCACUCCCACCCACGCUUUACUUUAUUUUUUCCCUGUCUAGCUACGUAAUGCAUCAAUAAAUACAAUUUAUUAUUGGUUCAUCCUCAAUUUA